UAAAUGAGAGCAAACAAAUGCUAAUCGAAUACACAAUGAAGAGUUCAGCAGAGUCAGCUUCACCGCUUAAUCUUGUAGCUGUUGACGAUGAAAUAUUAUCUGUUUCAGCUAUUACUACGCAAAGCUCCACUAUUUCUUUGUAUCUUAAAGUGAUUAAUCUGCUCUGCUCUCCCAGUGUACAUCCUCUUUGGUCCCACACCUCAAUUGGCCAAAGAUGUCAAAUUUUUAAAAACCCGUGGAUUCAACAUGUUGGAAACAAAAAGGGAAACAUCAAUACUCUGAAGAAAGAGGCAUCUAAAUUAAACAAAGACGUCGCGGAAUGUAUAGGGCGAGGUCAGCUGAUAAAAGAGAACUAAAUUUACUGGAGCGCCGAACGACAUACCUUCGUUCUAGAAUGUAGAAUCCAGCCAGUGAUUCCACUGAAGUAUCAGCUUGCUACCAAUUUAAUAGAGAAUUAGCGAGGCAACGUGCUGCUCUGACAGGAGCCUCAUCUUCUACCUUGAGAACAGUAAAUGUGUUCACAGUUAAUGAUUCUACUGUUUCUGAUAAUGGGAAAGAUCUACAUGAUCGCUCUUCCGUUUUUGAAGUUGGGUCUACAUCAGGAACGUGUAGUGAACAAUAUAAUAUUACCAUGCAUAAUGCUACAAGCAAAGGUUCGUUUCCAUCUAACUUUAAUGUCAUUUCAGUCAUUUCUUUUUCAGGACUGGCCUUUUUUCAUUCUGGUAAAUCUAAAAUAUAUAGGUCAUACAUCUAAAAAAAUGUGUGUCUGGAACACCAAUGACUUGCCCAAUAGCCCUUAUAGACUGAAAACUGUGCCGAAUUGCAAAUUUUGUAGAGCCAAAAGAUUUCAAUAUGAAUCACCGGGAUUUUGUUGUGAUAAUGGAUCAGUGAAAUUGAUUCACUAUGGACUACCUGCUAAAUUGCUAAAUCUUUAUUUAGGGAACUCUGAGGAGUCCAAACAUUUUCGCACUUAUGUUAGAUUGUAUAACAAUAUGUUUGCAUUUACUUCUCUUGGAGUGAAUUAUGACAGAGAUUUAGCAAGAAGAAAUUGUGGUAUUUAUAUGUUUAGAGUUCAAGGAAAAAUGUAUCAUUUCAUAAAUGACCUUGUGCCUUCGAGUCAACCAGCAAAAAAUCUACAGUUGUAUUUCUAUGAUACUGAUAAUGAACUAGCAAAUCAGAUGGCAUUCUCUGACAAGCUUAACGAAUCAGUUAUCGGGACUUUGAUGGACGCAUUAAAAGUUAAUCCAUACUCUAUCUUUUUGAAAUCUUUAACAGAUAUCCCAGAAUUAUCAAACUUCUACAUUGCGCUUAAGUCCGACUCUGGUUUAGAUCAAAGAACAUAUAACUUACCGACAUCAUCUGAAGUAGCAGCAAUAUGGAUAGAAGAUGAAAGUAGUUCCAGUAUUUUUCUACCACAUAUUCGAAUUUAUACACAUAAUAGUAAAAGCCAAUUGGUAAAUUACUACUGUGGUUGUUACGAUCCAUUGUAGUAUCCACUACUAUUUCCUUAUGGACAAAACGGAUGGCAUUGUGGUAUUAAAAAGAUUAUUUGAAUGAAUAAUACUAUUAGCCAUGAAACUUAUUGUGAAAAUGAACAGCUACCAAGUGUAGAAAACAUUUGUUCAAUCGACAUGCUACUUGACAUGGAAGCAGAACUUCUGGAAAAAAAGAAACAAAAAAGAAAUACCGUGUCAUGUCGUGAGUAUUAUUGUUACAAGCUCCAAAUGAGGGACGAUGAAGAAAAUGGGGUUUUACAUGCUGGAAGAGUAUUCCAACAAUACUCAGUUGACGAAUUCAUCAAGCUCGAGACUCAAAGGUUAGAUUUCUAUUCAUUUAAUCAAGAUUUAUUUAGAAUUGAUGCGUUAGCGGGGAUUCUUGAUGUUCUAAGACACGGAGAGAGAGAGCCAUGCAAUAUUGGUAGACAAAGUUUUCUUCCUACAAGUUUUAUAGGAGGUCCUAGGGAUAUGCGCCGACGAUAUAUGGACGUUAUUGCGUUAGUGCAAAAUUUUGGGAAACCUGAUAUAUUUUUGACAAUGACAUGUAAUCCAUCUUGGCCAGAAAUAGAAGAACAUUUAUUGGUAACAGAUGAGGUACAAAAUAGGCCCGAUUUAGUUAGUCGUGUGUUUAGAGCAAAGGUAGAGGAGAUGAAAACAGAUAUUCUAAAGAGAAACAUAUUUGGAAAAGUUGCAGCUUCUAUGUACACUAUUGAAUUUCAAAAGCGUGGUCUUCCACAUGCUCAUUUUCUUAUCAUACUCAAAGAUGAAUAUAAAUUGUUAACUCCGGAAGCUUAUGAUAGAGUUGUUUGUGCUGAAAUACCCGAUUCUGAUAAGAAUGAUUACUUGUAUUCAGUUGUUACUAAACAUAUGAUGCACGAACCUUGUGGUAGUUUAAAUCCUAAAUGUCCUUGUAUGAGGAACUGAGAAAACUGUAAGUUCAAAUAUCCAAAAGAUUUUGCUGAUCAUACAACAAAGGGACAAAAUGGAUACCCAAUUUACAAAAGGCGAAAUAACGGUAAACGUGUAAAUAUUAGAGGACAAUUUCUUGACAAUUCGUGGGUAGUUCCUUACAAUCCAUAUCUAUUGAGCAAAUUUAACUGUCAUAUUAAUGUUGAAGUUUGUUCUGAUAUUAAAGUUGUCAAAUACCUUUAUAAAUAUAUCUGCAAGGGACAUGAUAAAAUUGCCUUUUUCGUACAUGCUGAUGAUCCAAAUAUUAAAAUAGAUGAGAUCAAAGAAUAUCAAUCUGCUAGAUGAGUAUCUCCACCAGAGGAAACUUGACAUUUAUUUGGUUUUCCCAUUAGCGAAAUGACUCCAUCCGUUUAUCAUCUUCAGCUACAUCCUGAAGGACAACAAUUUGUCUCUUUUAAAACCACACAGACCGUAAAUGCAAUUAUAAAUAAUUCCAUGAUUAGGAAAACAAUGUUGAUGGAAUUCCUUUUUGAUGAACAGAGAAAACUAAGAUGCCAAGAAACUAAAUUUACUCUAUAAAGAAUUUUCAGAAUAUUUUGUAUGGUCCAAACAAUAUAAAAUGUGGACACAUCGACAACAAGGCACUGUUAUUGGACAUAUUGUGACAUGUCAUCCAACAAAGGGGAAAGAUAUUAUCUUAGAUUAUUAUUAAUGAAUAUUAGAGGACCAAAAUCAUACCAACAUUUGCUAACUGUCAAUGGAAUAUGUUGUAGUACAUUUCGAGAAGCCGCAGAAAAACAAGGAUUAUUACAAUGUGAUAAUAACUUGGUUGACUGUAUGUCAGAGGUUGUAAUAUAUCAGAUGCCUUAUAGUCUAAGACGUUUAUUUUCUACACUUUUGGUAUAUUGUAAUCCUACUAACCCAAAAGAACUUUGGGACCGAUUUGAAGAUUCUAUGUUUGAAGACUUUAAGAUUUUGCCACAUUUGAACGAGAAACAAAUUCGUCGUAUGGCUUUAGAUCAUAUUAACAACAUUUUGCAUUCAAUGGGUCGUGAUAUAAAUGAAUUGCACUUGUACCAGAAAGAAUUUUAGCUUCAUCUGCUGCCAAGGAGGCUCAAGAUUCUCAUUUUGAAAGAAAUAUAAUUGUUAGAGAAGAAGAUUUAUUACUAGAAACAAAAUUGAAUAAUGAACAACGAAAAACAUAUGAUGUAAUCCUUGAUAGAAUAUUUAAGAAUAAAUCUGGAGCUUUUUUUAUCGAUGGUCCCGGAGGAACAUGCAAAACCUUUUUGUAUCGUGCAUUAUUGGCUGCUGUACGAUCAAAAGGAUUCGUAGCUUUAGCAACAGCAACCUCUAGUGUUGCAGCUUCAAUUCUUCUCGGGGGACGGACUGUUCACUCCCGUUUUAAAUUUCCUAUUAAUAUUGAUGAACAAUUCUUCUGUAAUAUUAGUAAGCAGAGUUCGCUUGCAUCAUUGAUACGAGAUGCCAAACUAAUUGUGUGGGAUGAAGUAUCAAUGGCCAAAAAACAAUUGAUAAAAGCUUUUGAUUUACUACUGAAAGAUCUAAUGGAUACAAAGACACUCUUUGGUGGAAAAGUUGUCGUUUUUUGCGGUGAUUUCAGACAAACUCUUCCAGUUGUUCGGAGCGGGAAAAAAGAGGAUUUCAUAAGAGAAAGUUUAUUGUGUUCUGAAAUUUGGAACCAAUUUGAAAAAUUGCGAUUAUAAGUAAAUAUGCGAGCGAGAACAGAUCCUGCUUUUUGCGAAUAUUUGAUGCGAAUAAGGAGCGGAAAAGAAAAAACAAAUUGCCAAGGUAAGAUUGAAAUUCCUGAUUAUUUCAUUGUUCCUUUUAUAAGCGAAAAAGAAUCGUUGAAUCUUUUAUUUAGAAUAAUUUAUCCAGAUUUAUAUACAUCUGCUUGUGAUAUGUCUUCUACAACUUCUCGUGUCAUUUUGACAACAAAAAAUGAUUUCGUUGACGAAAUAAAUGAUAUGCUGAUAACUCAAUUUUUGGGUGAAUCUAGGACAUGUAGCGUUUGACGAAACUAUUGAAACUACCGAUCAAAGUCAAUAUGAAGAUUUCUUGCAUACUUUACAUCCAGCUGGCUUGCCUCAGUAUAAAUUAACUGUGAAAAAGAAUUGUCCUGUUAUUUUACUGGGUAAUUUAAAUCCUUGUGAAGGUUUAUGUAAUGGUACACGACUUAUAUGCUGUAAUUUCGAAAGACAUGUGAUAAGUGCUAAAAUUGCAAGUGGUGACUUGAAAAAACACACAUGUAUUUAUUCCCAGAAUACCUUUGUUGUCUUCACAAGAUGAAAAACUGCCUAUUCCUUUCAAAAGAACACAAUUUUCUAUUAGAUUAUGUUUUGCUAUGACGAUAAAUAAAGCUCAAGGUCAGAUGUUAGAUUUUGUUGGAAUUUAUUUACGAGAGUCUGUUUUUUCCCACGGUCAGCUUUAUGUUACUUUAUCGCGAGCAAAAAACUCAAGUUUUGUGAAAUUAUUGAUCCGACCGCCAACCGCUAAUAGCAACGAAGAUCAUACAACACACAAUGUAGUAUAUGAUGAAAUCAUUCAAGUGCCCCUCUUGUGAAUUAACAGUAACACUAUGAGCAAUCACUUAUUUGAGAUUUGAUGUACAUCUGAUUGAUAUCCUGCAAAAGAUUGAUCCUCAUCACCUACAAAUUGGAUUGAUAUCACAUAGAUGUUAACUGAGAUGUCUUUGCAUCUUCAAUCCUUGCUUCACUAAAGAUCCUAAAAGUGGAAUACUACUUGAAUAUUGCACUAACUAUUCGGUAAGUAAUUUUUUUCUUGAAUAUACAUCUAAUACUUGAAACCUUGCUUUGAUUAAUAAUUUUGCGCAUGCAUCUAUAUGUUUACAUGUUUGCCUGUUUUUGAACAGAUUCCAAUAGUAUACCAAAUAAAAUUCUUCUUCUUCUUUAGCUGUUGGAAAUAUGAUAUCUCCUUAUCUUCUCCAAAAUGAAUGAAAGAGCUUGGUUUAGUUUCUGCAAUGGAGAUCUAAAAUGAAUUCGUUUAAUAUCAGCUUACUGCAUAUAAUAUUCCACAAAACUACUUGAUGAUUCCAAG